UACACAGAUGUAAUCGCCGAGUAAUACACAAUACACCAACUAACCGAUAUGAAUGUUAAAGUUUUUAAAACCGAUGUAAACUAAAAACUAGUAAGAGUAGAUAUAUAUAAAAGUUGUACGGUUUCAAUCUACUCGUCGUCGCUGUGUGUCGUUCGAAGAAAAAAAAAAUUGAAAGAGAAGUUUUACAAUAUAAACAUCAUCGCUAACAGUUAACGAAUUUGAGUAUCUUAGGAAAGACGUGUGUGUUUAAGCCAGAUUUUUUUUGGUGCUCCUCGUGUUCGGUAGCAUACAUUUAUUAGUCGAUCGAUCGAUCGAGUUUAAAUUAAAUUGAACGAGAGUCGGAAAUUUAUUGUGAACUAAAAUAAAAAAAGGUGGAUUUUACGUUGAAAAGGCUUGCAAAGGUUUUUUUUUUAUUGUUGUUACUGGUUUAUUCAGUUCAUCGAAGAUUCGGUAUAAUCGAUGCUAAUUUCAGUCACGAUUAAAAUUUUAAUUCGUGUUUUUGCUUUGUGAACGAUUUAUAUAGUCAGAAUAUUACAUGAACAUUUUAACUGAACAAAACGUCUUUCCGAUCAUCUGAUAAGUCCAUUCUGUUUUAAACGUUUAAUCAAUUAAUUUAGUGAUUUAUCAAAAUAAAAGAACGUCCGUCGUCGUCACAAUUUAUUGACCGAACGAUUCGAAGUGAUUUAUUGUGAUUUUAAACCACAUAAUUUGCAAAUUUUAUUUUUAAAUAUUUUUUUUUGUGGCCUAUCCAUUGGAUGAUGACUCGGUGACUGUUAUGAAUUUGAUCCGUGAUUGAAAUAAGAACGCACAACCAGGAAAAAGAAUUAAAAACAACACAAAAAACGAAACAAAAAAAAAACACCACAGAAAAUGACAGCCUCAACCGCUACUAUCAUCACAACAAAUCGUUGCCAUCCUAUUUUUAGAAAUAAUUUCAUUUUAUUUGUAAAUUUUAUUUUAUUCUGUACUGUUCCUUUGAUUUCCUGCAAAAAUGAUGGGAAAGGAAACGGUGUGGACGCAUCAGGCGAACUCCGGAAACAGUUGAUUUCAUCUCAUAACAUUGAACAUUCAAAUAGCGAAUGGAAAUCAGAAAAGGCUGAAAAUGAAGAACUCCAUCCGCAACUGUUCGCCGCCUAUCACGAAUCGUACAUAACAAAAGCAGCAGCUAAAGAUUUUCGGAAAAAAAUCCGUUCACAUAAAAAACCAAUAACAGAACAAGACUACAAUGAUUUACUCCAAGAAAUCGUACUGAAGCCGAUAGAUAAACCGAAAAAUGAUAUUUACGAAAAGAAAUAUUUCGAUUAUUUGCCGGCUGAAGAUGAAAUUGAUUUUGAUGCUGAUGACGACAGCAAUGAUUACCGAUUUGGUUUUGAUGGGACUACAAAUGACGGCGAUGAUUUGACUGGAUAUGAUGAGUUGUCUGAUGAGGAAAAUGAGAAUUUAUCGGAAACGAUGAUUCAUAAGAAUCGGUAUAAAAGGGACAUCAAAGACGAUAGUGAACGGUUGAUACAGAAUGAAAAGAGACACGCUGUUUGGGAUCAAGGCCACCAUCAAACGGCACCGCUAACCUUUUACAUCUCACGGGAACGACAGCAGCCGAUAAAUCCUUUUAUAUUUGGUACAGCCGUAUAUAACGACCUGAAUCCGAAUAAUCCAUGGAAUAAUAGAUUUUACGGUAGUCCUCAUUUAAAUAAUUUUUAUUUGCCUGUUGCUCCGCCACCGUCAGCUGGAUACGCUUAUCCGAGACCGGUCAUACCUUUUUCAAUUAGCAUUGUACCUGGUCCAUAUCAUAAUAUUCCCGAUCCGCCGCAAAAUCCACAAGCCACCGAGGAACCAGCUGCACCAUCCACCGAUAGUCCAGUGAGUUUGGAUAAUCGAUUCGGUGAACCAGUUUGGGACGUCGAUGAUGUACCGCAAGUUAAUCAGAAUAGCAUUUCGAAUAUUGGCAAAGACAAUUCAGUACAACCACCAACGAAACGUCCUUCACCUCCUUUAAUACACAACAGUGAUCAAGAACGCGAUAUACCCAGACCUGAACGUCCUCAACGUCCUCAAAGUACUCAAGGAACUAAUCAGCAAGGAACGCCACCUGCAACGACUAGACGUCCACAGCCAAGCCUGAUUCACAACAGUGACUCACAAAAUGCAUUGGACCUUGCACGACCGUCGCGUAUUCCAACUUUAGGAUCGAAUCGACAAGACACUCUACUAUUUUUGUAAUCAACCAAUGUUACAGCGAAAUGGAUCAACAUAAUUAUUUUCGUAGUCGCUAAUUUGUUUAGAAUGUUAAAAGAUCAUAUCAGUUUAACGAGAUGGGUUAUUGGUACAUAUCAUUUGUCUAACUUUUAAUUUGUCUAACUUUUAUUACUGAGAAAGAAACUCUAUCUAAUCACCAUAGCUCUGGAGAUACUAGCACGAUCGUAGAAAUCAUUGGCUUUUGUCGGGGUUUCGAUUAAAUUCCGCUUCGGCUUGGUUUGAUUGUAUUUAUGUGCAAUUUUAGAUUGGCUACAUUUCGAGAGUCUACGUGCGUACCAGAAUGUCAAGAGCUAUGACAUUUCCCAUUUUUUAAUAAAAUUGAGACUACGAAAAUCGAAAAAUCAAUUAACUUUGAGUUGUCAUAAAUUGCAACUAAAACUAGGAAAUUUAAACGAAUAAACGCUCUAACGUGUUAGUUCUCUAAUAGUUCUUGAUCAUGAUGUACACAUUGUAUAAUAAACGAAUGGUCAGCGAUGCGACUACAAAGCCCAAACACACGGUUUAGAGAACGUUUUGUUUUC